UGUAGGCUUGUCACGGGGAGAACGGCUUCUGUUAAUUGCACUGCUCUAGUGACGGGACAGUAAGAGGAGAGAGAGACCGAGAGAGAGAACGAAAGAGGCAGAUAAAGAAGAAAAAAACAACUUUGAUUUACAGAAGAGGUUGCUCAAAUGAUGGUCGCACAGCGCAAAUGGAUUCGGUAGAACUUUCCCUCCCUGAGUGUUUCUCUUUACACUCUGAACAAGAAAUGAAUGUAUCAAAGGCUCAAGUUAAUAGUGAAGAUAAGUACGGCAAAUGCGGCUCGUGGAGAAUGCAGCAGCAUUACGACGUGGAGGCGGGUCAUAUGCGCGAUGCGCAUGCACUGUAUAACCAAAGGCUGCUCUGCAGGAUGUCCAGCAAAGAACGCCACAUUGAGUCCAACUGCCCCUCCUACAUCAAGACGGAACCCUCCAGCCCAGCCUCGCUGACCGACAGCGUCAACCACCACAGCCCCGGCGGCUCCUCGGACGCCAGCGGCAGCUACAGCUCCGCCAUGAACGGCCACCAGAACGGCCUGGACUCGCCCACCCUUUACGGGCCGGCCAGCGCGCUGGGACCCAGCGGCACCGGUGCCAAGCGCUACGAAGACUGCUCCAGCACCAUCGGCGAGGACUCGCAGAUCAAGUGCGAGUACAUGCUGAACUCCAUGCCCAAGCGCCUGUGCCUGGUGUGCGGAGACAUCGCCUCAGGCUACCACUACGGCGUGGCCUCCUGCGAGGCCUGCAAGGCCUUCUUCAAGAGGACCAUUCAAGGGAACAUCGAGUACAGCUGUCCCGCCACCAACGAGUGCGAGAUCACCAAGCGCCGGCGGAAGUCCUGCCAAGCCUGCCGCUUCAUGAAGUGUCUCACCGUCGGCAUGAUGCGAGAAGGAGUGCGGCUGGACCGGGUGCGUGGUGGUCGGCAGAAGUACAAGCGGCGGAUAGACGCAGAGAACAGCCCCUAUCUGAACCCCCAGCUCAGCCUACCACCGAAAAAGCCAUUCCCCUUUGGCUGCCUUGCAGAUAACAAGAUUGUGUCACACUUGCUGGUUGCCGAGCCCGAGAAGAUCUACGCCAUGCCGGACCCCACCGUGCCGGACAGCGACAUUAAGGCCUUGACCACUCUGUGCGACCUGGCCGACCGUGAGCUGGUGGUCAAUAUCGGCUGGGCCAAGCACAUACCAGGUUUCUCCACGCUCUCCCUGGCUGACCAGAUGAGCCUUCUGCAGAGCGCCUGGAUGGAGAUCCUGAUCCUGCGUGUGGUCUACCGCUCGCUCUCCUUCGAGGACAAGCUGGUCUACGCUGAGGACUACAUCAUGGAUGAGGACCAGUCCAAGCUGGCCGGCCUGCUCGACCUCAACAACGCCAUCCUGCAGCUGGUUAAGAAGUACAAGGGCAUGAAGCUGGAGAAAGAGGAGUUCGUCACUCUUAAAGCUAUAGCGCUCGCAAACUCAGACUCCAUGCACAUAGAGGACGUGGAGGCGGUGCAGAAGCUCCAGGAUGUCCUGCACGAGGCCCUGCAGGAGUACGAGAGCAGUCAGCACGCCGAGGACCCGCGCCGUGCCGGCAAACUCCUCAUGACCCUGCCUCUGCUCCGGCAGACCUCCACGAAGGCCGUGCAGCACUUCUACAGCAUCAAGCAGGAUGGCAAGGUGCCCAUGCACAAACUCUUCCUGGAGCUACUGGAGGCCAAGGUCUAGUAGUGCCCACCACCGCCCUGCCCCCCCCCCUCGCUUAGACCCCGCCCCCCUCAUUUGGCGCGUGGCAGGGUCAUGUCGAUGACCCCGCCCAUUCGACUAGGCAGGCAAUGACUGAUUCUCCGCUACUGUUGCUAAAACUUUUGUCUAUAAACAGUAUCAAACAGUGACAAGAAACAUGACCUUAUCGGCACUCUGAACUGCUGACGAUGGUACGUACAUUAAAGGAUGAUUUAAGUGUGUCAUUGAGACAAAGAUUAAUUGAGGAAAAGACUGCUUUCUCCAUUUAGCAGCGGGAGGUUGAACCAGCUUUCGACUCGCUCCUCUUCGAAACCUGAUGCAGUUUUUAGAGCUAUCAAAACAUUUUGUUGAUUUUCACAAAAAAAAAAAAAAAAGGAACCUGGAGCCGAGAAAGACCAGCCCUGCCAAAGGAAGGAGUUCCACAGAGUGGGAAGCCAGCAAACUGUACUGUCCCAACCCUGCGUCCCAUAGUCCCUCGUCAUCAGCGGCCACAACCUGACCACGUGCAGUAGUAUUACCACAAGACCUCACCGGAGCAGUUGUCAAUGUGUUGGCCAAAUAGAGAUUUGAUUUUUUUUGUUGUUGUUGUUGUUAUUGUGGAUGCUGUUGUUGUUUUUGUUUGUUUGUUUGCUUUUGCCUUUGUUUUCCAUCUUUGAAGAAGCUGCCCCCUCGUGUUAAUUUCACCACGAGCGGGCUGCUGGUUUGAUUUCAAGUCUUCCAAACACUUCUAGCCACUUUUAAUGUUUUUAUCAUUCUAUUUUCAGGGAAUAGCCUGAGCAUUAGUCUCUCAUGCAAUAUGAAACAGAGGUACUGUGGUGGGCAAGGAACAGACUCAUUUAUUUAUUAAUAUUAUUUUACUGUUUUAUUUCAGUGUCCUUUUGAUGCAAUGAAGGGUGUAAAUAUACGGUAUGGUCGUCAUGCACCAGUUUUGUUCAUAAAUGUUAAUAAUUGAUCAGUUUGUUUUUCUACCAACUUUCAGCAACUGUUAUGAGUCAUACGAAAAUCCUUGCUAUCUUCUCCAAGCAAUAGACAUAAGUGGAGGUGUGUAUAUGUAUGCAAUUUCAGUUGGUGCCCAUUGUUUUGGGGAGACGGAACUUCCUGUCGCAUUAGCUGUCCUUCCUGUGCUUGAUAUAAAGCGAUAGUUGGCAGGAAUGAUGGCCAGAAGGACCCACAAACAUUAACUUGAGCAAAUGAUAUAUGCAUUUAUAUUAAUCCCAGUCUCCUUACUUUUAUUGACAUUAUUUCAUAUCAAAGCAGUAUAUGAACUUUGUGAAGCAAAUUAGCACUUAGGAAAGACAUUGCCACUUCUUGAUGGAGAAACACUGUAGCUCUAGUUUCAUGUUGCUCCUACAUUUUAUGACAAAUAGGGGCACCAACGUCAUGAUGUAAUAUUCAAAAUGAAGACUUUCUUUAGCAGAGAGGUUAAGUAACUAAGCAAGCUAUCCACACCACUCAUCGCAAAUAUGUCAGUAUUAGUAUGGGGUAUUUUCUGAAUAUUCUUAAACAUUGUAUAUUGUAAAUUAACAGAUUAUAAAACUAACCUAAGACAUUUUAUUGGAACAAAAUGAAAAAAAAAAACAAACAAAAAAAACCUGUAGUUCAGCUUCUUGAUGUUUCAUGUCUGCUGUGCUUUUAACUGAACUGUUUCUUUAUGCUCCUGUUGCCCUCCUUUCCAUGCAGUGACGUCAGUGUGUACUUGUUGUGGUGAUUCCAGUUUCUGUGCCGUACACUCCUUUUUUUGUUUUGUUCUGAUUCUUUUUUUCCCUUUUUUAAAGACAGGGUAGAUAUAGAGACGCUACUGGAUGUAUGAAUCCUCAGGAGACAUGGAUGAUGGGUUCUCAAAAAAAAACUUACUGGUUAAAAAACUUCCUUGUUACUGCUAGAUUAUCAGGUCCACGAUCAAUGUAAUCCAUACUGAUGUAUAAGUGAUUAACAGCUAUUUAAAGGAAGGAACAGCAUAUAUAAAAAGGGAUCAUUUUGUCUAACUGCUUCCCUGUAGACUAACACUGUAUAUCAGGUUAAAAUGGAAAUUGUGCUUUUGAGUAUUUCGAAAACAGUAGUGGAAUCUUUUUCCAUUUUCCCCUUUUCUAAAGAAAACCAGUCGCUGUACAUAAGGCCUUCAAUGCUGAUUAUCUUUACUCUCUGACACUGCAAAGGAAAGAAACAUUUGGAUUGUUUUGGUGUAGGAUCAGUCCUAAAAUCGCUUUAACUUUGUGUGCUAAAUAUAAAUUUUUAAAAAAAGGACUAAAGACCAGAUCUUUUUUGGAAUUAAUGGGGAUAGGGUUUUGAUUUGAUUUCAUUCUGUGUUCUAUAAAUACCAUGUAAUAUCUCUCAUUAGCUAAACAACACUCAAAUAAGCUUGUGCUUUGGAGAGGUUAAUGUAAUUUAACUCCAAACACUAUUCAUGGCAACUCAUCAGAUGGUCAAAAACUGGAGGAUUCUUGUUGUUGAUGUUGGCACUUUUGUGUCUUUUUCUGUUUGCUCAUGGCAGAAACGUGUUGUUUCUUUGUAAAGUUUUAUUUCCCGUUGCCUUUUGUGUUGCCUUUGCCCUGUAAACGGUACUGAAUGCCAAGGAAAUGGACGAUAGGAAACAUGUAACCUGUCAGUGAAUUAAGCAGAGCUUUUUAACAACCUUUCUGUUAUGUAAUGUCACACAGAUGUUGCAGCAAGCAGUCCUGGAUAGUGUGCAUAGUGUGGCAACCUAGGAUCAGCUCUAUGUAAUACUGUUCAUCAGCACAAGAAAGACAAGCCUGAUCUCAGAUCAGUGCUCUUAGAAGUCUGAGAACAAGAUACAUACAACUCCUAAUCUCCAUUACAUUUGGAGGUGCAUUAAAUUACUGAGGUAUUCUUUUUGUAAUUCAUUCUUCUGUAACUAACAAUUACAUAAAGCAUUCUCACAAAAUAGAAAUAUUAUGAAUCUUUAGCGCCCUACUUAGUGGUAGUGACACGUACCACAUAAUUUUGGACAGUAUAUAUUUCAUGUUCAGCUUAGAACAUUCUGAAAAGGCUUUUGCUCUGUGUCUUUCAACAUGCCACAUAAGGUGUAAUUGAAGUGUAAUUUAGCCAUACCAAUGAUGACUUUUUUCCAGCGUAUUUUCUUAUUUAAAGCAAUACAACUGUGCGGCAACCAGGUGUCGUGCUCUGCGGUUGAAUUAGAUCAAAAUGCUGUAUUUAUUGGACUAUUUUGCAAUUUAAAGAAUAAUAGGAACGGUAAUAUGAACAUGUACAAACAACUGCUAUUUUUAUUAUAAAGGAGCUUAUGGGCGUCGGUUGUAUUUACUCUCAUGUUAGUGUCUGCCAGAUGCAUCAAAGGGCAGUCAAACAUGCUAAAUGUAGAAAACUCUGAUGGAAUGGAAGGAGUCAAGGAAAAGGUGGGAAAAUAUUAAAAUAAAACUUAUAUGAUCAAUAAGAUAAUAAUAAUAUAAAUUUCAAUCCAGGAGUUGCUGAAACAGCCUGUAGUGAGAACCAUGUCUGUAGUUCUAGAUGUGUUCCACAUCAGUAAAUCAAUUAACUGUAUAUUUUUGUGAUGUGUAUCAUACAGUGUGCUCCAACAAUUCUGUCCAUUUGUGUAAAUGUAUUUAUUUUACAUUGUAUAUAUUGUUCAAUGCAAAAAGAGAGACCUAUGAUUCUGUAACUAUGAUCAGUUCAGAUGUGUAACUCCAAUUAUGCCUUUCAGGAUAAUGGUAGAGCAAUAUUAAAACAUGCUUCCAGUUUUGACUUU